CCAAUUCCGAAACCCCAAAAAUACCUUUUGAAGUGAAGAAACAGUCCAGGAGCAAGGGUUUCACAACCUCCAAUUGCUCUCUAAUCUCCAUCUUUCUCAAACAAAAUUCAAACUCUCUCGUAGAUUUUUUUUCUCUUCCUGAUUCCUAAAAGAAAAUGCCGUCUGAGAACUCAAAGGCCGUGAAGGUGAAAGAUGAAGAGAAAGCUGAAGCAGAAGCAGAUGAGAAGAGUUUGAGUUCCAUUCUCCAAGCCCGCAAGAAGAAUCCUACUAAUGCUGGUACUUUAACCACCAAAUCUCGUCCCAAAGAUUCCAAGGUCAAGAAGGAGGAGCCCCAAAUUGAUGACGACGACGACGAUUUUGUAAAACCCAAAGUGUUGAAGAGCUCCUCAGGGUCCCGCCCCAACGCAUCUAAAGUCAAGAAGGAAGAAGAUAAGGAUGAUGAUGAUGAUCACAAACCCAUAUCCAAGAAGAACUCUGUGGCCAAGGAAUUGAACAAUAAGAAGAAGAAAAAGGAGGAAGAGAAGAAGAAGGGAUCUGGAGUGACGGAGCAAAAUGGCAAAAAGAGGGAGAGGAAGGUUUAUGAAUUGCCUGGUCAGAAGCGAGACCCUCCUGAGGAGAGAGAUCCACUUAGGAUUUUUUAUGAAUCACUGUAUAAGCAGCUUCCUAAAAGUGAAAUGGCUCAAAUCUGGAUGAUGGAAUCCGGUUUGCUCUCUAAAGAAGAGGCAAAGAAAGUUUAUGAGAAGAAACAGAAGAAGAAUCAGCAGAAACUGAGUUCCCCAAUCAAAGCAGUUGCCUCAACAAAGAAGACUCAAUCUGCAACUGUUGUUAAGAAAAAGACACCAUCAUCCCCAGUAUCUUCAAUUAAAAAGAAGACAACAGAAUCUGAGCUUGACAAAAAGCAGCCAAAAAAGCGCAAGAUUGGAGAUGGGAGCUCUGAAGAAGAUUCUGAUGAUGAUUUCAUAGUUAAUAGAAGCACAAAGAAACACAGAGCAUCUUGAGCAAACAAAUGCGGCAUCUCUUCUUAUUAAUUUCUUUCGAGAGUUGUUUACAUUAUCACUAAUUCACUCAAUUUCUAUCAAAUAUUGAUGUUUACCGAUACUGUCACUGAUUUACAAUACAUUAGAAUCAAAAUCUGUACUUUUAGAAAGCUGUCAUUUUUAUGUUGAUAUCCUCAGACUUGAUAUUC